AUGUAUUUGAAUCGAAAAUCACUAUCACUCUGCCUGAUUAUUUUAUCAUACUUUGGUUUGAUCGUAGUCGGCCGAUCAUAUGAAACUGGCGGAUUAAUGCGAGAUGAUUACGAAUACGCUUUGGAAGGUAUCGCAGUUGAUUAUGUUACUAAUCGGCCAAGAAGUGAAAGCAUUUCUCGAAUACAUAAGAAUAGACAUUCACAAAAUGCCAACAGUAAUCCAUAUCCCUUCGCUUCAUCGUUAUCAUCAUUGUCAUCACCACCGUCAUCAUCAAAGGACAGUAUUGUUUAUCAUCACAAAUCGUCAAUGCAUGGGUAG